UGUCUUCACCCGGCUCUCCCUGGCGUCUACACGCAUUGUCAUCUGCUGAAUCAGUGCCUUAAAGCAUCCUGCACGCCACCGCCGGCAACCUCUGGGACGUUUGUUGCAAUCGUAGAAACCCAAGAACAGCAGCCAUGGCCAAAACUGUAGCCGCGUACAAAGAGAAGAUGAAAGAGCUCUCUGUUAUUUCGCUCAUCUGUUCCUGCUUCUACCCGGAGGCCCGCGACAAGCUCGUCUGUGAAUUCGAAGACAUGGAGGUGAAGGCUAUCAACAAGCGUGCCUCUGGCCAGGCCUUCGAAGUGAUCCUGAAGCCCCCGUCUCCGACGUCGGACGCGGCCCACACCCUCAACUCUCCCCCCAGGAAGAGGGACAUGUCCCUGGAGGAUAUCCAGAAGAAGCUGGAGGCAGCAGAGGACCGCCGGAGAUCCCAGGAGGCCCAGGUGCUGAAGGCCCUGGCUGAGAAGCGUGAGCACGAGCGCGACGUGCUGCUGAAGGCCAUGGAGGAGAACAGCACCUUCAGCAAGCUGGCCGAGGAGAAGCUGACACUCAAGAUGGAGCAGAUCAAGGAGAAUAGAGAGGCACAGCUGGCCGCACUCAUGGAGAGACUGCAGGAGAAGGAGAGACAUGCAGAGGCGGUGCGCCGAAACAAAGAGCUGCGGGAGGAGCUGACGGCGUGAGAAACAUGACCACUGGUCCCGUUCUCCCAACCGCAACGCGCGCGCGCACACACACACACACACACACACACACACACACACACACACAGACACACACACACACACACACACAGCGUGAGACUCUGGCCACUGGUCUCGCUCUUCCUGCCACAGCAUCCUACAAACACACACGCACACACACACACACCGUAUACUCACUCUCACACAUUGAAAUAUACAGUCAAACACAAGUACAUACGUACAUCUCCACCAUACACAAGCACAUGCCAUGACUUAAAAACACAACUUUGACAGUAUUCAGUAUCUCAGUAUUAUUCAUCCAAGCCCAUUUAUCCAAGCAUCCUGCGUCAUCAGGUUUAAUGACUUAAUGCCUGAUUUCAUAGAAUAUAAAUGAAAACAUGUGACUAUGGUUUUGUAAAUGUUUAAUUUUGAAUUCACCCGUCCUCUUGCGCCAGCCUCUCUCCCUUAUCCUGCUCUAUCUCCCUCUUUCUCUGUCAGUCUCUUGGACAUCUUUGAAUAAAAUUGCCAUCCUACCCAUGAAGGAUGUUUUCUCUUUAUUUCCCAGAUUCCAACAUGUGUUUUAGGUUGCGUACAAUGUACACUGAAGGAUCUGAAAGAAGUGCUUUGAAUACAAGAAC